UUCCAACUGCCAGCGAGUCGUACGUCAGGCGCUCGCCCUUGUCCGCCAUGGCCUUCAAGCGCAAGCCCGUCCCUCGCUCAAGGACACCGCAGCAGGACGCCCAGGACCAGCAGCGCUCCGGGAAUCCUAGCCCGUCCGGAUACAAUGCGUCGAGCUCUCGUACAACGGCUCCCCAGGACGCACCGGACCCCGCACUGUCGGAGGCGUACGAAGACAUACGAAACGCGGUGGCAAGAAUGACGGGGGAGGGCCUGUACGACGAGGAGAGGGCCCCUCUGGUCCCCGAUCAACGAGCCUCGCUGCAUCCCGAUAACGCCUAUGCCCGCCCCACGUCCGAGUUCAGGAGAUAUCAGCCUGGCCAGUACCUCGAGCCAAUAUUGACGGGGGAGACGCUACAACUCGACGAAGCAAACACGCCUUCCUCCUCCGAUCACACGAACCCCUUCUCCGACACGCACACGCCCACCUCAUCACGACCCCAGAGCGGCUAUUAUGGCGGCUACCCCGCGUCCGCCUCGGACGACUCGCACGCCACAGCUACGAACACGAACGCCAGCACGACCCAGCUCGAUCACUUCGCCUACGACGCCGAGGCGUACGCGUCCGGGCACUACUCGCGCGCCGCUUAUCAGGCGCCGCCCCCGCGCUCGCGGUCGCCCACGCCAGGCAUCCUCGACGAUGACUACUACAUACAGCCCGAUGGCUCCGUCAGCUACUCCCCGGAAAAAGCAUACCCAAUGUAUCGAGAAAGCCCCGAGAAGGAAUACCCCCCAUACCCCACCGAUCCAGAAAAGGCGGACCCACAGACCGAGUAUUUCCUCGGGUACGAUCAACAGCCCUACCAGCAAGGGUACGACUAUGUCGCGCCCGUGCCCGGCGCAGAUGCAGAUCGAGGGACACUAUCGUCCGAGUCCACAGAGCCAGAAACGCCUGUGGAGACUCGCCACUUCGGGCCCGCCCCAAGUGGACGUAUCGUGCGGCGGCGGAAGACGAAGAAGCGCGUACAGCUGACGAACGGAAACUAUGUCGUCGACCUCGACGUACCGCCCAAGCUGGUGCUCCCGCGGAAGGGCGUGCCAGAGACGAUGCGGACGCGGUAUACGGCGGUGACGUGCGAUCCGGACGACUUCGAGCGGAGCGGGUUCUUCCUGCGACAGAACGAAAUGGCGCGGCAGACGGAGCUGUUCAUUGUGAUUACGAUGUAUAAUGAAGACGAGGUACUAUUCUGUAGAACCCUAUACGGCGUCAUGAAGAACAUCCAACACCUCUGCUCCCGCAAGAACUCACAAACCUGGGGUCCAAAGGCCUGGGAGAAGGUCGUCGUCUGCAUCGUCGCCGACGGGCGCAAAAAAGUCCACCCCCGCGUCCUCGACUGCCUCACCCUCCUCGGCGUCUACCAGCCCGGGAAGCACAUGGUGAACACCGUGAACAACGUGCCCGUCACCGCGCACCUCUUCGAGUACACCACCUCCUUCGGCCUCGACCCAAAUGUGCACUUCAAGUACCCGGACAAGGGGAUCGUGCCGACGCAGAUUAUAUUCUGCUUGAAGGAGAAGAAUCAGAGGAAGAUUAAUAGUCAUCGGUGGUUCUUUAAUGCGUUUGCGCCGUUGUUGCAGCCGAAUGUGUGCGUGUUGCUGGAUGUGGGGACGAGGCCUGGCAAUACGAGCAUAUACAAGCUCUGGAAGGCGUUCGACGUGAACUCGAGCGUCGCCGGCGCGUGCGGAGAGAUCGCCGUGUACAAGGGAGCUCGAUGGGAGUUGCUACUCAAUCCACUGGUCGCCGCGCAGAACUUCGAGUAUAAGAUCAGCGGUAUCCUCGACAAGCCCACGGAGUCCAUGUUUGGGUAUAUCAGCGUUCUGCCCGGCGCGUUUUCGGCGUACCGGUACAUCGCAUUGCAGAACGACGAGCGAGGCGUCGGUCCUUUGGCAUCGUACUUCAAAGGAGAGGUCCUACAUGGUCGGGAUACGGACAUCUUCACGUCGAAUAUGUACCUUGCGGAAGAUCGUAUCCUCUGCUUCGAACUCGUCGCGAAAGCCAACUCCAGCUGGGUCCUCAAAUACGUGAAGGGUGCCAUCGGCGAGACCGACGUCCCCGAUGCCGUCACCGAGUUCAUCUCCCAGCGCCGCCGCUGGCUCAACGGCUCCUUCUUCGCCGGCACCUACGCCAUCGCGCACGUCGGGCAGAUCCUGCGCUCGGGGCAUAGUCUGCAGCGAAGGAUCAUGCUGUUGGUGGAGACGGUGUAUAAUAUUAUCAACUUGAUUUUUUCGUGGUUCAGCAUUGGCAACUUCUACCUGUUCUUCGUCGUGUUAACGGCGUCGCUGGAGGAUCCGUCGUUGCAUGCGGAGGGGAUCAAGUAUGUGAACAAGCUCGCGCAGUUCAUCCUGGCGUCCACCAUUGUCGCGUGCUUCGUCUUCUCGAUGGGGAAUAAGCCCCAAGGAGCGAAGUUCAAGUACAUGUUCACGAUCGUGACGCUGAGCAUCUUCAUGGUCUACAUGCUGGUCGCGUCGGUGGUAACCGCGCUCCAGGCGGCGCAGCAGGGCGGGUCGCAGAAUAGCGCGAUGUUGUUCAGUGUCGUGAUCACGUUCGGCUUGUACGCGCUGUCAAGUAUCCUGGCGCUUGACCCGUGGCAUAUGUUAACGAGCUUCAUACCGUAUAUGUUGCUCUCGCCUAUGUACAUCAACGUCCUGAACAUCUACGCCUUCUCUAACCUAGACGACAUCUCCUGGGGCACCAAACAAGACUCCAUCGUCGAGCAGGACCUCGGCGCCGUCGUGCAGAACAACAAACUGCAGGUUGACGUCGAGAUCGCCGAGCCGUCGCACUUCGACAACAUCUACGAGCAGGCGCUGUCGAAUCUGCGGCAUCGCAAGCCCGCGGUGCCGAAGGGGACGCAGAAGCCGAGCGAGGCGGAGCAGGAGCAGAUGGCGAAGGAUUAUUAUGCGAAUAUCAGAACCAACGUACUACUUUCAUGGACAUUAUCAAACGCGCUUCUCGUGGUGCUCAUCCUCAGUACCGGCGACCCUACCAAGAGCCUUAGCGAGAACGGCACAACAAAAAGCUAUCUAGUAUUUAUCCUUGCCUUCACGGCCAUCACCAACAUAGUCAGAUUCUUUGGCUCGACGCUCUAUCUCAUCGCGCGGUUGAUUACUGGAUGAAUGCUGUUGAUUACAGCACGGAAAGGACGAUCGCUAUUCAGACUCUUCGUGGACAAAAAUGGACAUGCUAUGUGCUAUGUGUAUGUUACUAUUCUCGGACAGGUCAUGGACUGGAUAUGUAGCUCGAGACUGUAGGCCUCUUCGAAUACGCGUAAUGCAAGCGACGCAGACUAUGUCUCCAUUAUAGCCGAAGGUCCGAGAUGGUUGUGAUGCAGAAGUAUCGGGCUGGACGUGCAAUGACCCAGGGUCAUCGUAGGCGUCUUUUCCAGAGAGUAGAGCGGGGGGAUGAUGAUCACUGACAUGAAGACGGCAAUGCAGAAAUCUGAAGGGACGGAGGACUUGGACGACGCUGUCGCAGGCCUGAGCGGCGCGACGGUGGGGGCUGCUCUGGAAAGAUUCAGGCGUUGUGAAUGAGGGUGCUGAAGCGGAGGCCGACGAGCGCUCUGGAGUCAGGCUCGACACCAUUCCGCCUGCGCACACGAUUCAGCAGUUGGAGACGGGGGCCACUCAGCGGAAGAUGUUGACUUGAAGGGCGACUACUACCCGUCGAGCG